UUUUUAUAUGUUAUAGUCGUAAUAAUGUUCGUGCUUAAAAUUAUUAGUUUAUUCAUUCUGUUGGGGGUCAGACCUCUUGUUUCGGGGUACAAGGAUUACGAUGAUUUGUUUUAUGAUGAAGAUGCGGAGUAUUACGAGGAUUAUUACGACGAAACGCCUGCUACAAACGACAAUAACACAUCGACCAGAGCCAAAAGAUACCAGGGCAAACCAGCAACGAGAUUUGAGACAAUGGGAGACGUUAAAGGUGCAUUGCAACAGUUAUUAAAUAAUAUGGAAGUCGAAAAAUCGUUGACACAUUCAACCGAAUCAACUUAUAAAUAUAACUAUUUUGAAGAAUCAAAUGAUACCACACAGACAUACAGCAUUAAUGAAAUACAAACAUCGGAUGUAAUCACUAUUGCUACCACCGAAAUAACAACAUCACGAUCAACGACCGAAAAAGAAUGGCUUACGAACGAAUUAACAUCAGAAAACGAUUUUAAUACUCUAUCGACCCAAAUCUCGGCAUAUCCAAAAUCUACAGAAUAUAAUAUGCCUUUAUCAGAUACGCUUGAUUCUGUAGAAAACUUGAAAGAUUUUUCAGAAAUGAAUACUGGUAAAAUGGGUCUUCGUGGCCCUACCCCGACUUCUACGGAUACUGUUACUGAUAACGAAACAACAAUCACGAUAGGACCUACUAAGCGUCGUGAGUUGGAUAUACCGCGACUUUUGGAGAUUAUCGCUGAUCUAGCGAGCGAAUUUGAGAGUAAUUUGACGAGGAAGUUGAACGAGACGCUCUUCAAUAUGUCUAUACCGACUUGUACGACGCCAACGACGGAAGCACCGACUACUUCGGAGUAUGAUGCUAAUUAUACGGGUGCUACCAUCGCUAAGUGCUACGUUUGUGGUCUGGAUAUUCCCGGGAUCCCGAAGCACGCGCACUGCGCGGACGCAUUCGCUGGGGACUUCCUUCCCCUCGUGCCAGUUGAUCCCUCCGCCAGGGGCAAGAUAUCAUCCUUCAAGAAAUAUUGCAAAUAUUCUAAUAUGUUACAGAAGCAAUUUCACCCGUUCGAGAGCGAUCUACGGUCGAUGGACGGGUGGUUGCGCGGUACGGUGGAUCGAUUUGAGUGGUAUUUACACCCAGCGGACGUGCAGGAGUCGCCUCCAUCCCACUAUGGGUAAACAUUUCGCUAGCAAGCGGAUGGCUAAGCUCGAAAGAAGUUUGUGGAAUAUUGAAAAUGGCUGUAUAAUAAGUCCUGUGGCAACACUGGUACCACUUUCCCGCGGUAUAUCCUUAUAUGCACGUUUCCAUGCCUG